AUGAAAAUCAAUUUAACUAAAACUGAAUACAAAAAUAUAUAUGUACCAAAUGAUGAUUCAUACUUAUUUUUGGAUGCUUUAAAAGAAGAAAUUUAAUAUUUUCCAUAAAAUGCUGUUGUUGUUGAAAUGGGAUGUGGAUCAGGAAUCUUGAUAGGCAAUGUAAGUAAACUAUUGUAAGAAUAAAACAAUAGAGCUUUAAUGUGUAUUGGUAUUGAUAUAAAUUAUGAUGCUUGCAUUGCUUCUUCAAGAAUCACUCAAGAAAAUUAAAUAUAUUUUGAUUGUAUAAACUCAGAUGGAUUUGAAGGAUUGGCUUUAGACAAAUCUGGAAUAGACAUUUUUAUUUUCAAUCCUCCUUAUGUUCCAACUGAAGAUGAGGAAGUUGAAAGAUGCAAGAAAUAUUUUUAUGAAAAGUAGAAAUUAUUUGCACAAGCCUAUGCCAAUAAUAUGAGAGGUCAGGAAUUAGUUGAAGAAGUUUCUAAAGUGAAUUUAAUUGAUUGUUCAUAUUCAGGAGGUAAAGAUGGUAUGUUAAUAACUUGGAAAAUUCUUGAAAAGGCAAUCAAAUUUAUGAAUCCUAAUGGCAUUAUGUAAAUUAAAUAUUCUUAACUUAGCUACUUGUUUGUAAUUUAGGAAAAUCCCAUAAAUGAAAUAGUUUCUUUCUUUAAAGCAAAAGGUUAUGAAGGCUUUAUUCUUAAAAAGUAAUAAAAAUACAACGAAAUUUAAUUUAUAUUAAAAUUUGUAUGUAAUAGUGUUAAUAAAUAAUGA